AGGGACGGGCUCUGUGAGGGGCAGGAGCUGAGGACAGGGCAGGGCUGCAGGGCACAGGCAGGGUCUUCUAGGGGCCCGAGAUGGACCCCUUGCUGUCGCUGGGUGCUGGGCUCCUGCUGCUCGCGCUGUGGGUGCGGCACAAGGGGCUGGAGUACCUGCUGGUCCAUCACCGCUGGGUCUUCGUCUGUCUCUUCCUGCUGCCCCUCUCUGUUCUGUUCGACAUCUACUACCAACUGCGGGCCUGGGCCGUGUGGAGGCUGCACAGCGCCCCUCGGCAGCACGGCCAGCGUGUCCGCCACAUCCAGGCACAGGUGCAGGAAUGGAAAAAUGAAGGUGGGAAAACAUACAUGUGUACUGGCCGACCUGGCUGGCUAACAGUAUCCCUUCGUGUUGGAAAGUACAAGAAGACUCAUAAGAAUAUAGUCAUCAACUUAAUGGACAUUCUAGAGGUAGACAUUGAAAGACAGGUUGUCCGUGUGGAACCGUUGGUCACCAUGGGGCAGUUGACAGCACAUCUGAAUCCUAUGGGCUGGACUCUUCCAGUGGUACCAGAACUUGAUGAUCUCACAGUAGGUGGUCUGAUCAUGGGAACUGGCAUUGAGUCUUCAUCCCAUAUCUAUGGACUAUUUCAACAUACCUGUUUGGCCUACGAACUUGUUCUUGCUGAUGGAAGCCUUGUGAGAUGUACACCAACUGAAAAUUCAGACCUAUUUUAUGCAGUGCCUUGGUCUUGUGGUACUCUGGGAUUCCUGGUUGCUGCAGAAAUAAAAAUAAUUCCUGCUAAGAAAUAUGUAAAAUUACAUUACAAGCCUGUGAGAGGUUUGGAAAAGAUCUGUGAAAAAUUUACUGAGGAAUCUAAAAAGAAAGAGAAUAACUUUGUGGAAGGACUGGUGUACUCCUUGGAAGAAGCAGUCAUUAUGACAGGAGUCUUGACUGAUGAAGCUGAAGACAGCCAGAUAAACAGAAUUGGUAACUACUACAAACCAUGGUUUUUUAAGCAUGCGGAGAAGUAUCUGAAGACUAAUCAAACUGGAAUAGAGUACAUUCCCUCAAGACAUUACUACCACCGACAUACCAGGAGUAUCUUCUGGGAACUCCAAGAUAUCAUUCCCUUUGGCAAUAACCCUGUUUUUCGUUACCUCUUUGGCUGGAUGGUUCCACCAAAAAUCUCACUAUUAAAACUGACACAAGGAGAAGCUAUUCGAAAGCUGUAUGAGCAACAUCAUGUUGUACAAGACAUGUUGGUCCCAAUGAAAAGCCUUGAAAAAUCUAUCAGUACCUUCCACAGUGACCUGAAUGUUUACCCACUGUGGUUAUGUCCUUUCAUAUUACCCAAUAAUCCUGGCAUGGUCCACCCAAAAGGAGAUGAAAUGGAGCUCUAUGUAGACAUAGGAGCUUAUGGAGAGCCUAAAACAAAGCAGUUUGAAGCCAGGGCAUCUAUGAGACAAAUGGAAAAGUUUGUAAGAAACGUGCAUGGUUUCCAGAUGUUGUAUGCAGAUUGCUAUAUGAACCGUGAGGAAUUCUGGGAUAUGUUUGAUGGUUCACUAUACCACAAGCUGAGGGAGCAAAUGAAUUGCAAGAAUGCUUUUCCAGAGGUGUAUGAUAAAAUCUGCAAAGCAGCACGGCACUGAAUCUGGAUAACCUAAGCAAGCAAUCAGGGAAGGAUGGAUUUACCUGUAGUAGUCAGUAUAUCCUUAUAAAAGCUUUAUCACUGUCCAAAUAAGCUCAUGUUGAUGUUUAAAAAUACAGAUUUCUAUUUUAUAAAUUCACAUUCAAUAAUUGUUAGUAUGUUUUUCAAACAAUUUCCCCAACUCAUAGUAAUUUCCUUUCAGGAAUCAAAGUCCUAGCCUACCCACCUCUCUUUGUAGCUUAGUUGCAGACAUAGCGAUGUAGAUGUACAUUUACAUAUUUCUAACUGUAGGGGGGGAAAUUUGGAAAGACAAAGAUACUUAAGUAAAUCAGUUAUUUAUUGCAGUGUACAUCUGAGACAAGUAAGAAGGUCACAAAAUUAGGUGCCAAAGUUGAGAGAAUUAUUUUCAAAUUAAUUAUGACUUUAAAAAUGUCUUUUUCAAAUCGGUAACUGGUGCAGGGUUUAAACUUAAGAGAAGUCAAAAGUUAACACAGUUUAGAGAUGGUUACUGAAACCUUCAAACUAAACUCACAUUACUAAUGCAGGUAAAUAAAUGAUCAUUGACAAAUGUCUUCAUUUCAGACCUGAAUAUCCAAAUUUGUAGAAAAUCCAUGUUGCUUGUGCCUAUCUGAUUUGUUUAUAAAUGUGUGAUUGGUCAUGAGUUUUAGGGAUCUUCUUUUUUUAAUUAAUAUGAUUAAUAUGAUUUGAAGAGGAAACAUUUUGGCUUCCGAGACUACUGAAAAUCUCUGCUGCUAUUCCAUAUAGACAAGUAUUAAAUACAAUUUCUUACUUGUCAUGGGGUCUAUUUUACUUUUUUAUUAUGGUUAAUUUUAGUGCCUUCUAAGUAUUCAGUUGGAGAAGAUAUGGGCCAUUUCAGACCAUUCUAUUCUUUUAGGGGGCGGGAGGGGAACUAAAAGACCUGUUGUCAACAUUAAUAAUUUAGUUAUAUAAGGUCCAUUUGAAUAAAUAUUGGUGAUAAUUGUAAGGGAUAACCUAAAAUCGAGUUGUGUAGUGGAAGUUUGAAAUACAUAAGACAUGGCUCUGACUUUUUGCUUUCCAUUUUAGCUGGAUUAGUUUGACAGGUUUUAAAAAAAGACCCCUUCAACCAACUGAAGAAGAAAUAACAUUAGAAAAAUCUGCAGAGGGCUUACUAUUCAAGCCCCUUUUCUAACUGUGUGUUUCAUGAGCAUGGAAAGUUUGACAUUGCAUAUGGUACAACAUUUUUUAAAUUGGGUCCGCAUCUGGUCCAAACUACUUAAAGUUAUUUUAACAUUUGUUGGGCUUGUGGAGAAAUGUAUGUUCUUGCAUUCUGCAUAAUGU